AGCAGCAGCAGCAGCAGCAGCAGUCAAUAAACCAGGCCUCGCUGGCCAAAAGCACAUCCCUAUCCCGCAUGCCGACAUAGCCCUCGGACGCUUGAGCGCUGUGCUCCACCACUCAACAAGCCCUCCCCACAACACUCAACACACCACGUUUUAUCGACAGUGGACACUCACAGUGGUCACCGCUUUCCCCCACUCCCCGACCCCCCUCCUCUCCUCCCCCGACCUCUGCUGCGGCCGCGCGCGCAAUGACCACGCGGCGUGCGCGCAACACUCGCAUACCAAUACACACUGCAGCAAUGCCGCCAUCAUCAACACAACGCGGCGUCGUUAGCUCGCACACAUUCACCCUCAUUGCGACCUGGCGCGGGCAACUGCUGGUGUGCACCGUUGUUCUCGUCUUCGGCGCCAUCUACUUUGUUAUUCGCGAGCCUAUUCGGCAGUGGCGCAGAAGACAACGAGAACGCCGCAGUAAGGCCUUGACCGAAGAACUCCUUGCCAUGGACUCAAAGGACCGGUCGGCCACUGGAGACGACAGGGAUCGAGCGGGUCCAAGCUCGGCUUCAUCGUCUGCGCUCGCCACCCAAAAGUCGGCGCGUGAACGCGGCCGCGAGAGGCGGAAAGAGCUCAAGAAACGCAAGUCGGCCGCCGUUCUCAAGGGCAACUGCAGCACAACCAGUAACGUCGGCGAGUCUAGCGUCGCGACAAAUAGCUCGAUCGAGUCGUCUCCUCGGCUGGGGCCUAUAUCGGACCCGGCUGGCGGCGUAGCGCCUUUAGAACACGACGGCGGCCAAGCCGGCCCUUCGACCGCCCAGCCCGCCGCCCAGUCGCGAGCACAGGCCUCGACACCGUUCACCGUCUCUUUGGAAUCGUCACAAUCCGAGGAAGAGCCCUCUCCAUCUCCUCAAGCUUCGGCCUACUCGGAGGAGGUAUCGCCAGAUCUCAGCCUCGCCGCCCAGACCUCGCGGCUGAAAGCGGCGCCAUUACCGCUUGCCGAAUCGGCCGCGCUCCCCAACCUCGUGCCUCUGGACAUUGACAUCUCCACAGACGGAGACGAGGCGUGGGAUCAGCCAGAUACCUAUGGUCGCAGACCACAGCACAGUCGCCUCAGUAGUCGCCUCAGUAGCGCCUACUCGGUUAUCACCGAGGACACCUACCUUCACCCCCAGCCCUCCGCUCUCCCGGCCGCCAAGAAGAAGAAGAGGAAGUCAAAGGCACGCUCUGGAUCUGACGGUGUCCGAACACCAGACAGCGUUCACGCCCCCAUGCUCGCAAAUCAUCGCAGCGUCGUCAAUCUCUCGUCCGAUGACCUCUCAUCGCCCCCAACCUUACACUCGCUGUCUUUGUCGUCGGCACCGGGAUCUCCUCCAACCCCUCGUCGGCGACCACGCCACGCUAGCCUCGCGGGGCUGCCUAUGUCACCUGCCUUGGAUGUGCUGCUUGACAACCACGAGCGGACUAUCGACUCUCUGCGAGCAGAGAUCGGUCACGCAAAAGCCGAAGAGUCCAAGGCGCGCGACGACGAGGUGCGAGCGAGGGAGGAGCUUCGUCGCUCCAGAGCUACAGAGGAUCGCGUUCGCUCAGACUACGAGCGGGCUCGCAAGGCCCGUGACCGCGCAGAGGCCGAUUCAAGGCGACUAGAAGCAGACCUCCUGGUCAUGCGUAGCAGGUUUGAAACCCUUACACACAUGUAUCAAGCCGUCUGUAGCCGCCUGCGUGACAUUGAGCUCGCCGCGGUCAGCCAAGACAACGGCCAGUCAUCUCAGGCUCACCUCCAGUUGCCGACGCAGUUUGGCACGCCCUACAUGACCUACUCGCCGGCCGCAGGCGCUGGUGGCGGCGGCUACUUCCAGUUCGCCAACGGUAACCCCCCGGUGUACCCUUCGCCACUCCCACCUCACUACGGAAUGCAGCCGCACACGCCAUACACGCACCAGAGGCGAGGCGAGAACUCGACAGGCAACGCCGACAUGCUGGCUGGCCCUCUCACCCCAGGCCACCUCUCACCCAUGCCAAUGGGUAUGGGCAAUGCAACACCCAUGUCGCAGCUGUCUUCGCCGUACCCAUCCGAGAUGUCGUCGUCCCUUCCGGCCUCCGCAAACACACCGGCGCGAUCGUCGACAAACGACGGAUCCUCCGAGUCUCAACUUUCUGCUUCCGAGUUGCGGCGUCUCCACAUCGCGUCGUCGGUCUUGAAGAAGAAGAGCAAGCCAAACCUCAAGUCCACAGGCGACGACUCCAACUCGUCCAACGGAGGCCAGCUGGCUGCAGCAACCAACGAGCAGACUCAGCAGGAAGCAGAUGAGGACGGUGACAAACAGGUCGCAGGCUUGGGCAUCAUGGCCCUCGACAAGGUCCAGUCGACGUUUCCUUCUGUGAACGGCACUCGCGAGCGAACCCGCGGCAAGGGUGCGUCCAACAACAGCUCGUGCUCGUCCAUGUCCUCGGAUGCGUCGUCCCCUCCGCCUGGGCGUCACAUUCUCAUCACCCCGUCCAACGCCGAUGUCUUUCCAUCCAACGGACUCUCACCCUUGACUCUGACUGGCACCCCGUCGACCAUCAAAGCCAUUCACGAAGACGACUCUGAAGACGGCAACGUCUUUGAGCACGACGUUGACGACCGUGCAGUCAGGGCCAAGCAAAACACGGUUGUACCUCAGCAACACGACCUUCAGGCCAUCAACCGCGACGGCGACUACACACCCAUGUUCGCCAGCCUCGCACAUACCCCCGAGCAGUUGGCCGAGAUUGCGCGCAUGCGAGAGCAGGCCAUCCGGGACCGCGAGAGGCGGACACGGGCGCGCAGCGCCAGCUCCAACGACCUGUAGCGAACACUUUUGUGAACACGAAAACGAAACGACUGGACACUCUCUGGCAACGAACCCCAUCCUUCCACCACUGUUUAUUACUUGACCACCCCAUCAAACACUUCACUGCAAUCUUCUUUGUUUCGUCUCAUACUCAUACCGUUGGCCGCGAGCCGGCCAGCGACGGCUUUCCCCCAUUCCCACUCCCCCACCCAUUGCCCAACUUUUGGUGAUUACACUGUUUGAUUGCUGCUGGUCCUUGUCCGAGAGUGGGGAGGACUGGCAGUUGUCAUUUGCCCAGCGACCAUCCAGUCUGCUUCUCCUUCAUUCCUACCAUCCUCCUCUGUCAUAGUGGCUACAAUAGCCCUCUCAUAUGCACUUUCAGUGUUGCAUCA